UGAAAUUGAAUCAUCCAUCAAUUCAAUUCAUCAUCAUAGAUGCGGCAUUAAUUUUGUUUAUACUGUGUAGGCAUAUAUUGAUAAUAUUUUAAUAUUCUUAAAUUUGGUAUCGCAGUUCUGAGAAAUUUCUAGCACUUAUCCAAAUAGGCUAUCAUACAAAAACGUAACUUUUCUGGUCCAAUUAAAUACACGGAAACUCACCGUAUUUUAUGUUAACUGGCAAAAUGAUUGUGCUUCAAUUAUUUUAAGAUACUGAGUAAAUUUGUAUGACAUAGGCUACUCCUAAAAUCUAACUCAGAUGGGUUCACGUGGAAGAUUUGGCCCGUUAGUAGGAGCAAUAGACGAAGGAACAAGCAGUGCACGCUUCCUCGUGUUUGCUGCCAACACAGCCGAAGUCCUCACAUACCACCAAGAGGAGAUUAAACAAAUCUGUCCGCAAGAAGGAUGGGUUGAGCAAGACCCGUUUGAAAUAUUACAUCUAGUUGAAAAAUGUCUUUCAGUAUCAGUAAAUAAUUUAAAAGAACUUGAUAUUGACCCUGGAGACAUUGUUUCUAUUGGAAUGACCAACCAGAGAGAAACUACGAUAGUGUGGGAUCCGUUUACUGGGGAACCACUGUAUAAUGCUAUAGUUUGGUUAGACGUAAGAACAGCGGACACAGUGGAACGUAUGAAAGCCAAAGUGAAAGGGAAAACUGCAGAAACGCUCAAGGCUCUCAGUGGACUACCAAUAAGCACUUAUUUCAGUGCUCUCAAGCUAAGAUGGCUAAUGGAUAACGUUCCGGAGGUAAAAGCUGCUGUGGAUGAAAAACGAUGCUAUUUUGGUACUGUUGAUACUUGGCUUAUAUGGAAUUUAACGGGUGGUAUUCACGGAGGAUUACACAUCACCGAUGUUACGAAUGCUUCAAGGACCAUGCUCAUGAAUCUACAAACUUUACAGUGGGAUCCAACACUUUGUAGGUUUUUUGGGAUCCCCAUGAGUAUUCUUCCGAAAGUUAGAAGUUCAUCGGAAAUCUACGGCUACUUGGCCGAGGGUUUAUUAAGAGGAGUUCCUAUCUCGGGUUGUCUAGGAGACCAGCAGGCAGCUUUGGUUGGACAGAUGUGUUUGAAGCAAGGACAAGCCAAGAACACCUACGGAACUGGAUGUUUCCUUCUUUAUAACACAGGAACUGCAAUAGUGUUAUCUUCACACGGGCUGCUGACAACAGUAGCCUACAAGCUUGGUCGAAACGCGCCGGCUAUCUACGCUCUGGAAGGUUCCGUAGCCGUGGCCGGCGCAGCUCUCACCUGGCUACGGGACAAUCUCCACCUGUUGUCUGAUGUGAAGGAGACAGCCACUGUGGCGCAGGCUGCCGGUGCUACAGGCCAUAUUGUGUUUGUCCCGGCGUUCUCCGGCCUAUACGCUCCCUACUGGCGCAAUGACGCACGUGGGAUCAUCUCCGGAAUCACGCAGGACACCAGGAAGGAGCACAUCAUACAGGCCGCUUUGGAGGCUGUGUGUUUCCAAACCAGGGAUAUUCUGGAGGCCAUGAACCAGGAUUGUGGGAUUCCAUUGACCAAGCUACUGGUGGACGGAGGCAUGACUGUGAACGGCUACGCGAUGCAGUUACAAGCUGACCUGUGCGGAAUACCUGUCGUCCAUCCUUGGAUGUUCGAGGCCACUGCUCUAGGAGCUGCCAUGGCUGCUGGGAGUGCCGAAGGUAUUGGUGUGUGGGACCUGAACAAUAUGCAACCGGUACCCAGCGACACUUAUCUGCCCACCAUAACUGAUGAUGAACGAGAUUUGAGGUAUGAUAAGUGGAAGAAAGCAAUUCAAAAAAGUUUAGGCUGGGAUCUAGAUGCAACCCCUCGGAAAACUAAUGGAAAUAAUCUAGAGAAUAACAUUCGUGUGCUAUCCAUGGUGCCUUGUGGACUAUUCUUCGUAUCGUCUUUUGCUCUGAUGAUAUUUAGUAAAUACCUUCAAAGCUGACACAGCUAAAACUACGACUAGUUUGAAGUAGCUUACCAUCACAUUGAUGGAAAUGAAAAUUAUACUAUUUAGCGAUAGUGUUUUGAGCUUUUAUUUUUAGUAUUAGAAGUGUGAAGGGAACUCAAAAAUUAACUAAAUAUUAUUUCUUUGACCUGUUUAAUUUGACUCAGUGGCAAUGUUUCAUAAGACUAGAUUAUAAAUUUGGCACGUAACUAAAAGUUCAAUCAAGUCUCUUCAUUUAUUAAUUAUUAAUUUACUGAAAUACACAAUCGUGCGUUAAAUUAAUUGAUCAAAUCAAUCCAAGUUGAAAUAAUAAUCAACCAACAUUCCAUGGUUUUCAUUUGAGAUAAGAUUUAAGAUACUCUGGAAUAUCUGAAUAGUUUGAAAGUGAUAAGUGUACCUGUAAAAGUUGCAAUAUAUUAAAUGCAUGGAUUAAACUAAUUAUAUCAUGACAGAUGUAAUACCUGGUGAAUCCAGCGUAUUGUUCCUUAGACUUACCAUUAUUUUUUACACAAUUU